AAAAUAACUAAAGAACUGGAGAUAGUUCGCCCCGUGGAGGAACAUGGCCCCUUUCGUUCUAUCAUCAAUGUAGGAAGCCCUAAAAAAACUAUGAAGGAUAAGGGAUUGUCUGGCACUUCACCAAAAAAAAUUAGCGGAAUGGAUUCAUCAAAUGAGGAAAAUCAAUUUGCUUGGGUGAAUACAAGCAAAUUACGAGGAAAUGACCUAGAAUUUGGAUUUCAAGACUCCUUCUUUGGACAUAAGAGUGAUCAGAACUGUUCCUCCUCCUCCUCCUCAUCAUCAUCGUCAUCGGCCGGGCCACUUUACUACAACGGAAUAGUGGCAGAUAUAAAUGAAACGUUCAAUUCAACGAUGGAAUCCUACCAACUGCCAGAUCAUCCUUCCGACAGUAUUACCUUUUUCAAGAAACUUCGUAUCAACCUCAAUACCCUUCAUAUUGACAUAUUUGAUAGAAGAUUCAUUGAUGAAUGGGGACAGUUUGUUCCUUAUGCUAUCGCGAAAUCGUGUUCUCGUAACACUUGUCAACUGGGUAAAUUUCUAAUAAAUCUGGAAGACACUGGUUUUGCAGUUUCUAAGGAAACACAGUGGAGGACUUCAAGAGAAAAAUCCAUCGGACGAGUAGUUAGAAGUGAAAACUCGCAGAUAAUCGUGGGAACAUGUGGUGGAGAUUGUGGUGGCUGUUGGCCGGAUCCCUUCCUGCUUCUCGACGUAAUUGAUUUGAAGUCAAGGUGA